AAUGAAAAGCGAUUUUUGCUAUAGAUUAGUACUGCUUCUCAUUUUUGUUGCUCAAAUUAGAAUGAAUAAACCUAAGAAAAAAUUACAAAAAAUUCAGAGUUGGUUUAAAACUUCUUGGGACAAACAGAAAAGUAAAUUAAAAUCAUUUAGAGAAUCCUCAUUUGGUUCAAGCCUUUCUAUUGAUGCUAACUCUCCUUCUUUGAGAGCACCAGCAAAGACUAAAAUUUCCGAUACAAUAAGCGAAACGGAAGAAGUAGAUUCAAUACUUUACAAGAUUAAAAGUAUUGGUGAAGAUGGAUUUCUCGAAAUGUCACAAUCAGAAUUUAAAAAACUUAGGCGGAUACUUAAAUCUAAAAGAAAGAACUUAGAAUCAAAAUUGAAAGAAGUAGAUGUAGAUGUUGAGAAAAAGCAGACUUUAAACGCUCAAAUACAUGAAAUACAAGGAAUGGAUAGAUUCCUUCAUGAGAAAACAUUAGAAGGUUAUGUUUGGUCAUCAGUUUUACCGGGAAUUGUUCAAAUGUUAAGUUUAGGUAUGGUAACUUGGCAAAUAUGUGAAUCUGUCAGAAUAGCUGAAGGUGGGUGCAUGGGACUACCUAAUCCAAUAGAGAGAGUAUCAGGUUUGGCCUUAUUACCCGAUGACCCCCUAAGUGCAUGCCCAGACGUAAUUUGCGGAGGGGUUUCUCAAUAUGAUAAUAUUAGGUUUGGCAGCGAAUACUUUGAAGGAAAAGACUUUGAGAUUCUAACUGAGGAUGAAGAUCAGUUGGUCUUCGAAGGUAAUGCAACUGACGAAAAUAAUAGAUAUCUUAUUGCUGAUGCUGAUCCAUUAGAGCUAGAUAUAGAUUUAUUAAAGUCCUAUCAUUUAUCUUAUACUUUCUAUAAUCUUUUACUGAUAUUAGUUUGUACUGGAUUUGGAUUAGUUUUUCUUAGUACAUUAUAUGCUGUUUAUACUAGAAGGAAGGGAAUAAACAUGAGCCAAACGACUUCGGCUGAAUUCCGAUCUUCUGACAGUUCCAUUGAUUUUCCAAUAUCUUAA